AUGCCGGAGAGUAAUGAUUGGUGCUAUUCGGCAUAUGCGUUUGCUCAUAUUUGUUUGAUUCAAUAUAAGAUUAGUGGUGAAGGCCCUGGGCUAGGUGAAGAAUUAGGUGAUGCAAAAAUGGCUCAAACAUCAGAUUUCGUGACCAAAGGAAAGUACAAGAUAUUCUUUGGCAUGAACAAUGAAUUUACCAUAUGUUACGACGAUACCAAGCCUAUAGCCAACAAUUACUGGCAAGCCGUGAACCCCUUGAUGAAAAGGAUGCCUAUCUUUAUGAUGCAAUUAAGUGUCCUCAUAGCGCUUACUCAUGUUUUGAUGCUGAUCAUCAGACCUCUUCGUCAACCUCAAUUUCUUUCUGAGAUUCUUGCUGGCAUUCUGCUAGGGCCAACCGCCCUGGGUAUAACGGGCUGGAUAUCACCUAUUAUCAAUCCUUUUGAGGGUGGCUUGUUUCUGGAGACAAUGGCGAACCUCGGCGUAACUUUCUAUAUGUUCCUGGUGGGUCUGGAGAUGGACUUGACCCCAAUUCGGAAAAUAGGAAAAACGGCCUUGAGCGUUGCCCUUGCUGGUAUUAUUUUGCCCUCCAUUGCAGGAGUGGGAUUACAUCACCUGGUGCUGAAAGAAGAAAAAACACAACGGGCACCUGAGAUGGGUGCUUUUUUCUGGUCGAUUGCCCUCAGCGUUACAAGUUUUCCUGACCUAGCUCGAAUACUUUCAGACCUCAAGCUCCUUUACACGGAUCUUGGUAAAACGGCCUUGACUGCAGCCGUUGUUAGUGAACUAUCUUGUUGGUUUGUUCUUGUGGGAACAAUAUCUUUAAUCAAUGGGCGCCAGAAAUUGUUCGUGGCAAUCACAAUCAUGGUGGGAAUGACAAUCUUCUGGUUUAUGAUGCGUCCAUUUAUCUCUUGGACGGUGAAACAAAUUUCAGCAGCAAGCAAAGAAUCAUCAACGUCGGAUAAGCACGUAUAUUUUAUUUUAUCACUGGUGCUCCUUUGUGGAUAUAUCACAGAAUUAUGUGGAGCACAUUCCAACUUUGGAGCUUUUAUGCUUGGACUCAUGAUACCCGGUGGAGAGCUUGGGACUACGAUCAUGGACAAAAUUGAAGACUACGUGGUGGGGAUUCUGCUGCCCCCUACCUUCUUGCUUACUGGCUUGAGAACCAAUUUCGCAUAUAUUUUUGCUGAAUAUUCUUUUGGAAUGGUGCUGCUAGUUGUACUUCUGGCUUCCUCUGCCAAGAUUGUAAGCACUCUUCUUGUCUGCCUCCACUUCAGGUGCCCAAAGCGAGAUAGUUUGGCUCUUGGAGUCCUGAUGAACACCAAAGGUGCUCUUGCGCUCAUUAUUCUUAAUGAAGGUCGAAACAUGAAGGGUUUUGACCAACAAACUUUUUCUUGGACUAUUGCUGCUAUAUUACUUAUGACGGUCAUUAUUGGCCCCGUAGUCAGUUUCACUCACAAAAGCGCGAGGCAUUUGAAGCAAUACAAUCGUAGGAGCUUAGAGAAAAGUAUCCCAGAUGCACCAUUUCGAGUCCUUGCAUGCGUUCAUUCCACCAGAAAUUUGUCCGGUUUGAUUAAUCUCUUGCAAAUUUCAAAUGCCACAAGAAAUUCCCCGAUUAUUGUCUUUGCUGUCCAUUUGGUUGAGCUCGCAGGACGCGCUUCUGCAAUGAUAAUUUUCCAUGAUAAGAGUAAGACCGCUGAUGCUGGGAACAAUGCCACUCGAGAAAAAGCUGAGGCGGAGCAAAUUGUCAAUGCCUUUGAAUCCUUCGAGAACGACAACCAUGCCGUCACUGUUCAGCCACUAACAGCAGUGUCCCCUUACGCCACCAUGCACGAGGAUGUUAGCAACUUCGCACUUGACAAGCUCGCCAAUAUCAUUUUGAUCCCAUUUCACAAGCAACCAAAUGCUAUUGGCGGAUGGACAGAUGAAAACAUUCAGCAUAAACAAGUGAAUCAAAAUUUGCUGGCAACUGCACCCUGUUCCAUUGGCUUACUUGUGGAUCGUGGCCUAACUUCAACCUUUUCCCGAGAAUCACACCGUGGCAUGCGGGAAUGUCGCAUUGCCAUGCUGUUCGUUGAAGGUGCUGAUGACCGAGAGGCAUUAGCUUAUGCCUGGAGAAUGACAGGCACUCCACGUCUAGUACUAACCGUAGUGCGAUUUCUUCCAGGAAAAGACGUUUCUGAGUUGACCGAGAACGUUGAAGAAGAUGAUGAAUCAGGGAUUUUCACAGCCAUGUUUGAGAGAGAGAAGCAGAAGCAGCUUGAUGAUGAUUAUUUAAACGAGUUCAGGUUCAGGACAAUGCACGACCAAUCCAUAGCUUACAUCGAGAAACAAGUUAACAGUGGAGACCAGAUUAUAUCGACCAUAACUUCUGUUUACAAUGAUUUCGAAUUGUACGUAGUAGGAAGAGGACAUGACAGAACAUCUCCAUUGACAUCAGGGCUAUCAAACUGGAGUGAUUUCCCGGAGUUGGGACCGCUUGGGGAGACAUUAGUAUCAACGGAUUUGGAAUCACCAGCCUCGGUUUUGGUUGUGCAGCAAUCUGCUCCUCUCCCAGCUGGAUCAAAGAAGUUAAAGAGCUCAGCUCCAACUCAGGGGAUACUGGGAAAUAGUGCGGCAGAAACUUUUGUCAAUCAUAGAAGAGCGGAAGAUGAUUAUUGA